AUGUCCAGAAUUACGCUGGACGUGGACAAAAGAAUAAUCACUGUCACCUUCAAAGGGAAACAGGCGGCAUCAAAAUGGAUUGGAUGGAACAUGCCGUUCGGAUCCAAAUUACUGCCUCUAACCGAUUACAAAGGUCAGCGUGAGCGAGCCAAGAAGACACAUGAAGCAAUCGCAAUGAUCUUCUACGAGUUCACGAUGGCGGAGCUGAAGCAUCCGGACGACAGCACAGGAGGCACCAACGACAAGGAAUGGGUGGUCACGGUCAAGAGGCCAAGUUGUCCGGAGAACAUCCGCAACGUAUCCUUAGUAUCAAUCGGAGCAGUAGAGUUGACUGUGCAUCAUCACUGGAUUAACGUCAACUGGCCGUGUCGCACGUGGUUUUCACCGGACCACCCAACGAAAUACUGCAAGGGAGGGGUGGUAUGUGACACUUCUUGCAUUCGGCUCAAUGGAAAGGUGCCUACACGACAACCUAUGGGAACUUUAGCACUAGGCGAAGGGGAUAUGCCCACCACCAUCGCCCAGCUUCUGGCACUAUUACAGAAAAACAAAAUCGAAGUUAAAACCGACGACGCGCCAGUGUUCAGCCCCAAACACACCGGCAGAGUCAAAUUGCAGACCAAGAGACGGAUAGCAACAACGGACAAACCGUCUUUGCCUGGUGAAUGGGAGGAGCACCGGCAACUCCCGAACCAGGCUUCGAUGCAGUCAAAGCAGCAUAAUAUCAACGAAGGGCGGGACGACGGAGACGAGAAGCAGAACGAGGAUGUCAGCGCAUCAUACACCAGCAAAGUAGAUGACGAUCCAGGAACACCGGCACGAGAUGGAAGGAAGAUGGAAGCAGGAAUCAAGUAUCCAGAACAAGCCAGCGUACAAACCCAUGAGCAAACAGAGGACAUACUCAUGAAAGAAGACAUGUUUGAAUUCCAAGCGGUAGAGCAGGCGGAAUCAAGCAACACUAACGAGGAAGGCAGUGCCCCGUUAGGACACGAACAACAGGCGGAACGUGGCCGAUCUCCAACAAAACGAAUUAUAACACGAGGAAAGCCUGGACGGAAUGUUGGUAAGCUAAAGGGUGACUGGACGGUGCCCAAAGAGCCACAAAAAGCCGCAUCAACGUCGCCCAAGAGAAGAGCGCCGGAAGCCUGGGAAAAUGACCCCAGGCCGCUAAAAGGGGGAAGGAAGACGGCUUCAGCUUGGUGUACCAUUCCGUGCUGUUGGGGUUUCUGCCGGAAAUACCGCCGUCCAAAAGGUUGGGAGGGAUUUUUGGAGACGUUAUCCUCCUUGUCCAAGAUCACAACACGAGCAGAUAAGCAACCAAGGAAAGCUCGCUCAUCGUCGCCGACCAAACACAAACGAAGAUCUUAUCGGAGGGCAGACUUAGCGGUCACGCAGCGAUAUAUGCACCAAUUUCUCUCAACAACGAGCGGACAACAAAUCGACAAAUUUGGUAAGCCAGACCUCGGCGAAAGUGGGGGGCACACUCAGAACUCCGAAACAACAGUUCAGGAGCAACAUGACAGUAUUAUGGAAGACACGUCUUGUGGUGGCGGGGAGUACGAAUUCGUUCGAGUCAAACCGCCAAUAGACUUCGGCGAAUCUCUGGACACAUGGUUGUGGAUAUUAGGAGGAACACUUAUUGAUGUGGCUGCCAACGGACAUUGUGGCUGGCUGGCUUGCUACGCUUCACUCUAUAAUGUCCAGGCGGGACUUCUCCAACCAUCGCCAGAGACAAGACAAGCCGUGCAGUUAAUGCAGGACAUCGUAGGCGCCGGCAUUAUCCCGCCUGUGAUGGUGCUUAGAUGGAGAGACACUGGAAACCAUUAUCAAGCGAUCGUGUAUGACAAGGAAAGGUUUGACUGCUACAACACCCAGUUGAAAAUACUGGCCCCUAGACGAAAUGACAUCCUAUGCCAGCACGGAUGGCCUGCACUGGACUACAUUCAAUAUGAUGCAGAGAGGACGGCCACUGCGGCGGCCAGAGAACUACGGGCAAUCCGCAGAGCCGCCAAACAGGGAGACCACCAAGGGGAUGACAGCGUGGGUACUUCUCAGGCAGCAGACAGUGGCAAGAAAGGGGUCACAAAACACGCAGAAAAAACCGACAUGCAACACGUCCAGGGAGCCGGUCACGACUACGGAGUAGCAGUUGCCAUUGGAAAGGAAGAAACGACCACAACCGGUGGCUCAAUGGGCGAGCAAGUAGAUGGGACACAGACCGACGCGGAAGAGUUGGACCACUCUUCACUUACAGACAGCAGCGAAAUCACACCAGGAAACACGAGGGCGGAGGGCACAUCACAAAUGGAUAAUGACGACUCCUAA